UGGCGGUGAUUGCAGUGUAUAUACUGAUGAUGGCGAUAAUUUUGUUGUGUCUGCACUGAACAGUGCUGCAGCCUCUGGUAAUGUGGAAGGUCUUCAGAAAUUAAUGAGUCUUACAAAAAUCAGUUUAAAUGUCUCCAAUAAGGAGAGAGUGAGUCCUGCACAUGUGGCAGCAGGCUGUGGACAAGUAAGUGUACUGGAGUUACUAAACACAUCUGGAGCGAAUCUACAGGCCAAAGAUGACUCUGGUGACACACCACUGAUUUGGGCAGCUCGUCAUGGACAAGAAGAUGCUCUCAGCUUUCUUGUCAAUGCUGGAGUCAAUGUCUCAACACAAAACUUAGAUGGCGGAACAGCAUUACAUGAAGCAGCAUUACAUGGCCGUACAACGUGUGUACGUCGACUCAUUGCGUGCCCUGACAUUUCACUUGAUAUUCCAGACUGUAAUGGCCGAACACCUCUUCAUGUGGCUUUGGCCACUGUUCGUGAGGACUGUGCGUUACUGCUCUUGCAUGCUGGAGCUGACGUUGAUAUGUGUGAUAUGGAGGGUGAUGCACCUAUUCAUCUCGCUUCACGGACUGGCCUGCUGACUGCUGCUCAAACUUUGUGUGCUUUUGGUUGUACGGUUGACAUUGCAGAUGCAGAUGGCCUGUAUCCUAUUCAUUUAGCUGCACGCUAUGGCCAUGGAGAAGUCGUUAGAUGUUUGUGCCUUGCUGGAUGUAAUACUGAUCAGAAGAAUACUGAUGGAAUACGAGCUGAAAUAACAGCUUUAAAACAUGGUUUCAAUGAUGUUGCUAACCUUCUUGCUAAACUUAAAAAUAGGGAUGAACUGAUACGGCAGUUGAUUCCAACUUCAAAGCCCCCAUCUCGACUUAGUGUAAAGUUUCUAGGACGCACUGGCUCAGGCAAGACAACACUCAUCAGUUCUCUGACAGCUGGUCUCAUCACAGGCCUUCUUCGAAAAGCCAGACUGUCUCCUUCUUCAGCACCAUCUCGUACAGGUUCGACAUCACCAGGAAGCAAAAUGCAAAUAGAAAUGGAUGUAACUUCCUGCCGUGGUCAGCCUGUCUUCGAUGUCUACAAUGAACAUUAUACAAGAGGAAUUGAUGUACAAGAGGUCUCAGUCUCUGGUUGUGGUGGUGAUUUGACGUUAUGGGAACUUUCUGGACAAGAGACCUAUUUCCUCAUAUACCAUCAUUUUCUAGGCUCAACAGCUUGUCUUCAUGUUGUAGUUUAUAGUCUGGCUGAUCCACCAAGCGCUCAGCUUGAGCAGUGUCUCUUCUGGCUUACCUUUCUCCAGGCACGCACAGUACCACCACUUGAACCACUUGGUGAAGGGGGUGUAGCUGGACGACUUCCCCUAGUACUUCUUGUUGGCACACACGCAGACAUGGCUGGGCGAUAUGCAGAUUCAGCUGCAAGACGUUUAAUUACGCAGCUUCGCACAAGGUUCCGACUGCAGCUAGAAUUGCUGCCUCAGACAAUUGUGUUAGAUGCUCGCAUUCCUGGUAGCCCAGGAAUACGUCAACUAGAGGCAGCUGUAGCAGGAGUGAGACAGCGACUGUUGCUGGAGGUUCCACGCUGGACAGGAUUCCUCGAGGCAUCCCUGUCAUGGUUAUCACAAGCUCGUCGCCUGCUGCCCUUUCCAGUGAUGCCUUGGUCUCAGUUUGUUGCUGCUGUCCGUGAUCGUGUCAAUCCCUUGGCUGGAGAAGAACAUUUGCGUGAGCUAGCACACCAACUAGAAGUUACUGGAGAGAUAGUCCAGCUCCGUACUCCUGCUCAAGACGAAUUGGUGGUUUUGAGCCCUCGCUGGCUGGGUCAGUUAAUAGGCCAGUUACUUUCACCAGACUUCCUCGUGAAAGCUCGUACAACAGGGUGCUAUUCCUCUCAUGACUUCCAAGCAGCUGUACCACAGCUACCUGCGUCAGAUGUACUGCCAGUACUGGAGGCCCUAGGGCUUUGCGCUCGGUGUUACGAAGAUGAAGACAUUGCUGGUGAAUUUGAAGAUUGUGAUUGUAGUGGAAGUGAAUGUGAAGAUCCUACUGUGAAGUCCAGCUGUGCCACUUACAUAGAACCAGAACCAGAAUUUGAAUUUCCAUGUUUCAAUUUUGUUGAGACUUUAGAUGGUUUGUGGGAUGCUCGCUACCAUGCCACUUGCUAUGGAGGCUUACGCCUUCGUGCACCUGCUCCUUCAUCAUGUCUGCUACGCUGUCUGUUUCCCCGUUUCCAGGUUCAACUGAGGCGCUGCACACAGCAGUUAAGUGAUCCAGACACAGACCUCUACCAGUGGAUGAAUGGCUCAAAACUAUGCACAGGAGCAGUAGAGUCUCAAGCAGUCCUAAUUGAUGAGAUGGAAAUUGAUGACGACAGUGAUGAAGAUGAUGAUAGUGACAGCAAGAGUAGCUUAGGUCAAGAUGAAUGGCUUGAACUGAAGGUGCGGGGACCUCCAGGGUCAGCUCUGGCUUGUUUCUGUUUGCUAGAAGAGCUGCUGGCAGUUAUUGAUCAGGUCUUGCAGCUGCUUGUGACAGCAGACAGAUUAUCAGUAUCAGCACUUUCAACAUUGUGUCGCCAGCGUCUGUGUCUUCUGUUAGAUCCUCCUGAUCCUCUCGGACGUGACUGGUGUCUCCUGGCUGUCCGUUUAGGUCUACUUGAUGAACUUGCUCAUAUUGAUGGAUCUGCCUCAGCUGCCUCUGUGUCACGCACAGCAGCUCUUCUUGAUGCAUGGGGAGGAACAAUAGGCCAGUUGAUAACUACACUGGAAGAACUCGGACGUCAAGAUGCAGUUGCAGUAUUGCUAAAGAAUGCCCCUUUGUACCGCAUUACUUUGUCAUGUCAGUCACCAGCAUCUUCUGACUCUAGUUCACGACUGUCUCGCUGACCACAGCUGUUACCUAAAUCAGUUAUAUGUGAUCUCACAACAGUAAUGUUGCAUCAACCCUAAGGAAUUGUAAGGGCUUGUAAGAAGUAUUGUUGAUUUGCUGCACUGUACUCAGUGAGGCAGGGUUUGGAAAUAUACACACUCUGUUGAGGAUAAAUUGUGUGAUGUUGUACAGUGCUGUUAAUUGAAGUCACUUUGUUUUUCUUUCUUCUGGAAAUAUAGGUAUUGGUAUUUGGAAAAUGCAUAGAUCACAGUCCUUGACUGUUAUACCAAGCAACAUAAAUUUUUCUAGAAGAAAAUGAGAAUCUAGAAGUCAGUCAAUCUUAAGUUAUUAGACUUUUGUGAGUCUACUGAGAUUGAGAAACAGACCAAGGUAGAAUAUGGGACAAAG